UGUCUAUUUUUCUGUCUCUUUUUCUUUUUUUCUCGUUUUUUGUGUGUCUGUGUGAGAAAAAAAGUUAAUUUUAUUCAAGCUGACUCCAAACACUAACUUUUUUAAUUGUAACCUCAGGCUAACUUCCCAACCCAAAUUUGUAGUGAUCUACACUAUAACUUAUCACCAUAACCAUAAUCAUUGUUGGAACAUCGUAAAAAAGUCUGCAAAAUUGUUAGAUAAUGGUGAAAAUCGCUCUUAAAGUUAAAGCGAACUUGGAAAAUGUAACCAAUUUAAAACCAGCUAAUGAUGAUUUCGAAUGGAUUAUCAAGUGACUAAAGUACAGUAUUAUGCUUUAUUAUGGUCCAGGUUAAAUGUAACAGUUGUAAUGAGGCGUCGGAUAAAUGGCAUCAACUUACAGUCAAGGAAACAUACGAGUUAAAGGGAAGCCGGGGAGAGGCUCAUUUUGUUUAUAAAUGCAAAUUAUGCUCAAUCACCUCAUCCAUCUCCAUUUUACCAGAAACUAUUGGAAGUUACAAUGCUGAUGACAGUCUAAAGUUCAAGAAGCUGAUUGUAUUUGAUUGCCGAGGAAUUGAGCCCAUUGAUUACCAACCACGAGACGGUUUUGUGUGUGAAGGCCUUGAAAGUGGAAAAGUUUUUUCUGCGGUUGAGUUUCAAGAUGGUGAAUGGGCUGAUUAUGAUGAAAAAGCUAACGAAUCAGUUGGAAUUUAUGAGUUUGAAUCAAAAUUUGAGCGAGAUUAAACCGAUUAAACUGUUUACAUGAACAAAGACAUUUGCUAAUAAAACUUGUUUCAUGCUGAAUUGAAUAA